UGUAUCGUACUUUUGCAACGUGGUGGAAAGAGAUCAAACAUGAGAUCACUGUUUGAAUAGAAGAUGGAUUAAAUUUCAGUUUUUGCAGACAACUUGACUUAGAUGAAAGUGAAAGCUCAAGCAAUAGCCUUUUCACCUGUCAAGUUUUUAUAAGUGGGGUAGGUACUGGAACUAAUUUGAAGUAACUUUGAUAUAUAUGCCAACAUUACAUUUUUGGAGUGGAGAGUUUGAAUGGUGAAAGGUGAAAAAAUUUGAAGUUACAAGCUUGCAGAAGCAUGCAAGUUCAGGACUUGGAUUGGAUAUUGGUGCCUUUGGGUGUGUUGGUGUUGGGAAUUUAUCAUGUUUGGCUUCUCUACACUCUCAUCCACUACCCAUCUCGCACUGUCAUUGGCUUGAAUGCUCAAACACGUUAUCAAUGGGCUCUUUACUUGAUGAAUGAUCCCUUGAAAAAUGGUAUUUUAGCUGUUCAAACAAUCCGCAACAAUAUGAUGGCAUCCACUCUUCUUGCUACAACUGCAAUCACACUCAGUUCACUAAUUGGUGUUUUCGCGAGCAAUGACUUAGAAACCCAAUUAGUUUAUGGAAACAGAACUUCCAUUACUGCUUCAAUCAAACGCCUUUCUAUGUCGCUAUGCUUCCUUGUCGCAUUUCUAUGUAACAUGCAGUCUAUCAGAUACUAUGCACAGGCAAGCUUCUUAAUCACAACUCCUGCACUCAAAGGCAAGAAAGAUUUCAUUGAAUAUGUUGCGAAAACCUUGGACCGUGGAAGUUAUGCUUGGUCUCUUGGUUUAAGGUCAUUUUACUUGUCAAUUCCUCUAGUCCUCUGGAUUUAUGGACCCAUACCCAUGUUUGUUUGUUCCUGCUUGACAUCAUUGACUUUGUACUUCUUGGAUACAACCACACAAAUAACACAGGAUCUUCACAUUAAGUCAUUCAAAAGGAGGGAAAGUGAAGAUGUGGAAGCAGCAUAGGUCCACCAUAUGACAUGUUUGGUUGCACGCUUGCAAUCCACGUUUAGAGACCAAAAUCAAAUUCACUCAUUAGCUGCAAUGCACCAAAGCAUGUUCACUCAUAAGCUGCAAUGCAUAGCUUCUUGGCUAGCGUGUGUUCAACAAACAUCAAAACAUGUUGAUAAUCAUUGUAACUGUUGUUGAAACAUGUAACAUGCUGCUGAUAAUCAUGAAAUAUGUGUAGUCAUGUUUCAUAUAGUUAGAGAACAAAAUAAGUUUGCUGAUGUAUUAGCCAAAUCAGGAAGUUGUAGUAAGGAAGAUUUGCGGACUCUUUGUUAA